AUGACUGAACCUGAAGAAGGUCCAAGUGCCUCAAUUAUAUCUAAGAAACCUACAAUCAAGAAAUCUACCGGACCAAAUGUUUUUGUAAGGUUUAUAAGAUCAAUUUUCGGUUAUAGGAAAACAUCCCUUUCAUUCUUUGUAUUCCUUACGGUGACGGCAGUAUAUUUGUUAUCAACUUAUGACAAUAGUUUAGAAUUAUCCGUAUCCUUACCUGAAAUUGGAUCUUUUGAGGAUGAUAUUUUACAAGAAAGUUGGUAUAACUUACAAAAAAUCGGAGAAUUCAAACAUCCUUAUGGUUCAAAAGGUAAUAAAGUUGUUUAUAAUCACUUAAAAGCUGAGAUUCAAUCAUCAGUUAAGCAUUCAAAAUACAUUGAAUGGGAUAAUGACUUGAAUAACACGAAUUUCCUAUUCGGAAAAGAUACUUAUGGAUCAGUUAGUUAUUAUGAAAGUAAUAAUCUUUAUGUCAGAAUCAAUGGGUCUAGAUCAGACUUACCAGCUAUCUUAAUCAGUGCUCAUUAUGAUUCUGUUCCUUCAAGUUUUGGUAUUACUGAUGAUGGGGCUGGUAUUGCUUCGAUGUUAGGGCUCUUGAAAUAUUACACCGAUGGUGGUAAACAACCUUUGAGAACCAUUGUUUUCAAUUUCAACAAUAAUGAGGAGUUUGGAUUAUAUGGAGCUCAAACAUUCUUCUCUCAUCCUUGGUCUGAAGGUGUGAAGUAUUUCAUCAAUUUAGAAGGUACUGGUCAAGGUGGAAAGGCCAUUUUAUUCAGAGGAACUGACUAUGGAAUCUUAAACCAUUAUAAAUCGGUAAGAUAUCCUUAUGCUAGUUCUCUUUUCCAACAAGCUUUCAAUGGUAGAUUGAUUCAUAGUGAGACUGAUUAUAAGGUUUAUUUUGCCAAUGGAUUGAGAGGUAUUGAUGUGGCUUUCUAUAAACCAAGAGAUAUCUAUCAUACUGGUGAAGAUAGUAUCCGUAGAACUUCUAAAAAAGCUCUCUGGCACAUGUUAUCGACAGCUUUAGAUUUCGUUGAACCUAUCAGUAAUAAUGAGAUUGACAUUGAUUCCUCAUAUAUCGAGAAAGAUGAAGUUAAACAAGAAUAUGCUACUUAUGUUUCAUUCUUAAACUUCUUCUUCAUCACUUCAGUACCAAAAUUGGUCAUUAUUAACAUUGCCUUGUUAGUUAUUGUACCAGUCACUAUCAUGUUUUUGUUAACUAUCAUUUUCUGCUAUAAACAAAAUUGGAAACUUGGAUUUGUUAAUUCUAUCAAAUUCCCUAUUUCCUUAGUGGUGUCUAUCUUAGCUUUGAAUUUCGUUACUGAAAUAAUUGUUGGUAUUGAUGAAUUCUUACCAAAUUCCAAACCAAUGAAUGUGGUCGUCUUGUUGGCAUCGACAUUCUUCUUCAUCAAUUAUUUACUUCUUAAUGGUAUCAACUUGAUUUUUAGAAACUAUAAGAUCGUUCAACAUGAUGAAAAGUUGAUUGUAGCUUUACAAAUAUCCUUUGUUUACUGGGUGUUAUUAAUCAUCACCACCGUAGGUUUGGCUAACAACAAGCCAGGUAAUGAUCAUACAGGUAAAGGAUUAUUAACAGUAUUAUAUGCUAUUCAAUCCAUUGGUUGUAUUUGGGGAUUAUUAGGUUGGUGCUUCAGACCUUCCAAAAAAGACUUGGAAUACGAAUUAUUAGAUUCUUCAAGAACUCCUUUGUUAGUUCAACAAGUUGAAGAAUAUGGUGCUGAAGAUACCGAAGAAACUCAAUUCCAACCUCCAUCAGAUUCAACUUCUUUGAUCUCAAUGGAUUCUUAUACUGCUCGUAAGAAAUUGAACUUGAUUGCUAAAACUUUCAGUUAUGAUUGGUCAAUUCAAUAUUUGAUGUUAGUACCUAUCCCAUUACUUAUCUUCUACAACAAUGGAUAUUUGAUCUUACAAGGAUUGAACAAAUCCAUUCAAGAAUCAGUUGUUUCACAAAAUUUAAUCUUCAAACUUUCCCAAAUUGUUGCUAUUACUUUGAUUUUACCAGUUUAUCCAUUCAUCUUUAAAGUCAAUAGAUUCUUAGUGUGGGUUUCUUUGAUCUUAAUCAUCCAGGGAUUCUUCACAGUAUUCUUUACUUUCCCAUUCGAUACUGAAAAUCCUAUGAAAUUGAGAUUUAUUCAAUCAGCUAAUCUUUCAGAGUCUGUUACUGAUAGUUAUGUUCAUGUUUUAGCUAGAACUGGUCUUGAAGUCGAAAAUAUUUUGGGUGAUAUGCCGUCAGUCAAAGAAUCAGGUGAAUCUGUUGAAUGUAAACCACUCGAUAAUGAUAUGGUUGAUUGUUAUUAUAAAUCAACCAAACCUCCUGUUAUCUUCAAAGCUAAAGAUUUCUCCGAUUACUUGUCUGUUGAAGUUUUGAAGAAUUCCAGUGAUAAUGAUUAUCCUUUUGGAUUAUUGAAUGGAGAAAUCAAAAUCAAUGUUAAAGAUAACAAUAUGUGUAAGAUCAACUUCAAUACUGGUUCUAAGAAGAAAGAAUUACCUGUAAAGACAAUUAUCAAAUACAACGAUAAGCCAAUUAAUACCACCAUUGCUUCAUCUUCAAUACCAGAAGGAUUUUCCGUUGAUAAAGAUGGUAAUUAUCUUUACAAAGACUUGAAUGGUAUGCCAGGAAUUGAAUUGAAUAAGUUGAAAGCCAAUGUUCCUUACCAUAUUGGAUUCCAAUGGUUACCUAAUUUGAUCGAUGAUUAUAAUCCCGAAGCUCUGAAUAUUUUGAAAUUAGAUAUUACUUGUUAUUGGACUGAAUUAGGGGAUGAUAACUCUUUAGUCCCAGCUUAUCAAGAAGUUAACCAUUAUUCCCCUAAAUAUGUCACUUGGGCUAACCAAGCUAGUGGUAUGGUUUCAGUUUCAACUUCUGUUGAACUUUAA